GCCGCCCGCGGAGUGAGGGAGGCAGCGACCGAGCGGGCGGACGGCGGCCGCGGGAGAUGUGCCCGGAGGAGGACGGCGGCUGCGGCGGCGGCGGCGGCGGCAGCGUAGCCGGCACCGGUGGCCCCGAGGCGGCGGCUGCGGUGGCGCUGGACGAGCUCCGCUCCUGGUGGGAAGUCCCGGCCAUCGCGCACUUUUGCUCGCUCUUCCGCACCGCCUUCCGCUUGCCGGACUUCGAGAUCGAGGAACUGGAAGCUGCUCUUCACGGGGAUGAUGUGGAGUUUAUCAGCGACCUGAUCGCUUGCCUUCUUCAAGGUUGCUAUCAGCGCAGAGACAUCACAUCCCAGACGUUUCACAGCUACCUGGAGGACAUCAUCAACUACCGCUGGGAGCUGGAGGAAGGGAAGCCCAACCCUUUGAGGGAGUGCACUUUCCAGGAGCUGCCCCUGCGCACGCGGGUGGAGAUCCUGCACCGCCUCUGCGACUACCGCCUCGACGCCGACGAUGUCUUCGACCUCCUCAAGGGCUUGGACGCCGACAGCCUCCGCGUGGAGCCGCUGGGCGAGGACAGCAGCGGUGCCCUGUACUGGUACUUCUACGGCACCAGGAUGUACAAGGAGGACCCGGUGCAGGGCAAAAGCAACGGAGAGCUGGCUGCAGACAGGGGAUGUGGGGGGCAGACAAACACCCCAAAUGUUCCUGGGAAAACGGGCAAGAGACGAGGGCGACCUCCAAAGCGGAAAAAACUACUGGAGGAAAAUUUGCUGAGGGAGAAGGCAGAAGAAAGCUUGCUUAUCCACGAGACUCAGAUAAGAAAUGGGUCCCAAGGGCCUGGCCGUGGGACAUGGUGGUUGCUGUGCCAGACGGAAGAGGAGUGGAGGCAGGUCACAGAGAGCUUCAGAGAGAGGACUUCCCUUAGAGAGAGGCAGCUCUACAAACUCUUGAGUGAAGACUUCCUGCCGGAGAUCUGCAACAUGAUUGCACAGAAGGAGAAGCGUCUGCAGCGGACAGAGUUUUCUCCCAGGUGGAUGUCUGACCAUCAGCCCAUCAAACCAAUCAAGCAGGAGGUAAACCCAAAUGUGCUGAGCUCAAUGGAGAAGCAGAGGCGCAGAGAGGAAGAGGAGGAGCGCCAGAUCCUUAUAGCUGUGCAGAAGAGGGAGCAGGAGCAGCUGCUAAAGGAGGAGAGGAAGAGGGAGAUGGAGGAGAAGGUCAAAGCAGUGGAAGAACGGGCCAGGAGGAGGAAACUUCGUGAAGAGCGGGCCUGGCUGCUGGCACAGGGGAAGGAGCUCCCCCCUGAGCUUUCCCACUUGGAUCCCAGUUCCCCUGGCAGGGAAGAGCGAAGGACCAAGGACAUCUUUGAACUGGACGAUGAGUUCACAGCCAUGUACAAAGUUCUAGAUGUGGUGAAGGCUCACAAGGACUCCUGGCCCUUCCUGGAGCCCGUUGAUGAAUCGUAUGCUCCCAACUACUACCAGAUCAUUAAGGCCCCCAUGGAUAUCUCUAGCAUGGAGAAGAAGUUGAAUGGAGGUCAGUACUGCACCAAGGAUGAAUUUGUGGGUGAUAUGAAGACCAUGUUCAGGAACUGUCUUAAGUACAACGGUGAAGGCAGUGAAUAUACAAAGAUGGCUUACAACUUGGAGAGGUGUUUCCACCGAGCAAUGAUGAAGCACUUCCCUGGGGAAGAUGGAGACACAGAUGAGGAGUUUUGGAUCAGAGAGGACGGGAGAAGAGAGAAGAGGAGCCGGCGGACCGGCCGCUCCAGCACAGGCAGCGUCUGGACUCGGUCACGAGACCCAGAUGGGCAUGGCAAGAGACAGCAACGCCUGGAAAACGGAGGAAAACCUCCACCAUAUCGAGCUGCUUCCAGGGCUCCUGCUUCUUCCUCCUCCUCCUCUUCUUCCUCCUUCUCCUCGUCCUCUGUGGAUGACCCAAGUGGCAACCCAAUGCAGAGUGCUCGAGAAGUGGGCCCUUCCAAUGGGCGAGGCUUCCCCCGCUCCCUGCAGUACGGCGGCAUGCCCAGCCCUGUGCCACACCCUGGGCAGAUGAGACCAGCGGUGCCGGGAACCUUUGGCCCUUUGCAUGGAUCCGAUCCCACAAAACUGUACGGCUCUCCGCGAGUGCCCGAGCCCCAUCCCGGAGACCCGGUCCAGCAGCAUCAGCACUUUGCCAUGCAGCCGGCCGUGGGACUGAGCGAGCACCGCGGGCACCGGCUGGGCACUCCGGAGAAGCAGCCGUGCGCGGCGCCGGCCCACGUGGCCGGGCUGGGCCCCCGCCUGGGCUCCCUGCAGCUGGGGCGCGUGGGGGGCCCCCCACCCGACGCCGUCUACCCACCGGCCCAGUUCCAGCAGGGCUUCCUCCCGCCACGGCACAACGGGCCCCCGGUGAAGCCGCCGGAGGGCUCGGAGGUGCCCCCGGGACACAUGUACCGGCCCUACAAGUACCUGAACCGCGCACAUCCGGCCCUGUGGAACGGCAGCCACGGCCAGGCCGCCGUGGGGCCGGAGGAGAAGGCGCCCAUGGGGCCGGGGCCCUCUCUCCAGCCCCGGGUCCUGGGUCAUAUGAUGGACCCCCGGGCCAUGAGGCCGCCGCUGCCUCCCAGCCAGUGGAGCGAGCAAUCGAAUUUCCUACCUCACGGGGUGCCUCCCUCAGGGUACAUCCGACCGCCUGGGAAAGGCGCGGGUCAGAGGAUGCCGCAGCCGCCUGCCGCUCUCUUUGGGGGACCGCCUCAGGUUCAAAGAGGGUGCCAGGGCGGGGACUCCAUGCUGGACAGCCCGGAGAUGAUCGCCAUGCAGCAGCUGUCGUCCCGCGUGUGCCCGCCGGGUGUGCCUUACCACCCUCGCCAGCCGCCCCCGCCGCACCUCCCCGGGCCCUUUCCCCAGCUGGCUCACGCCGCCUCCGCUGCCGGCCAGCCCCCAAAACCCAUGGGAAACGGGAGCUCCCAGGAUCCAACCGGCCACACCAUGGACAUGGACAGCAACCAAGUGGACGCGCUGGCAGGCAUGGACGAGAAGGCUCAGUGCAUCAGCAUUCCCGACGGGGCAUACGCCAAACUCCUACCUCAUCCCAAGCCCCCGCUGCCCAUGGAGUGCACGAGGCGCGCCUUGCCCCCGGAUGGGGAGGGGGAUGGCCCCGCUGUGAAGGGUGACCUGAAGGCAGGGCAGGGCAAAGGCGCGUGGUCAGCAGAGAGCGGCUACGCCGGCGACCCCGGCUGUGUGAGGGACCUGGUGCCCACCUCGGAAAGGGGGGGUCCCCUGCCUCAGAAUGGGGCGGCGGGCGAGGGGCCGGCAGCCGGCCCCGAGGGGAAGGGGCUGGCUGCCAACCUGCUGGAGAAGCCCCUGUGUGGUGGGGGAAAGGCCCUGCCCGAAGCAGCUGUGCCUUGCAUGGGACAGGGCAGCGGCCUCCCUGGCGUGGAUGCCACCUCCAUGGGGGCCACCCCCAACCAGUUUCAUCCUCUCUACAUGUCCAGUCUGGAAUACCCAAAUUCAGCCGGGCGGUACCACAUCAACCCAGGCCUGCAGGGGUUCAGCCCCGUGAUGGGGGGGAAGCCACCUCCUCCUGCCUCCCAUCCCCAGCAUUUUCCCCCGCGAGGUUUCCAGCCAAGCAGCGCCCACCCUGGCGUCUUCCCACGGUACCGGCCGCCCCAGGGAAUGCCAUAUCCAUACCAGCCGCAGCCCCAGCCCUCCUACCACCACUACCAGCGACCGCCCUACUACGGCUGCCCACAGGGCUACUCGGACUGGCAGAGACCUCUCCACGCCCAGGCCAGCCCCAGCGGGCACCCCGGUGCCCACCCGUCCCUGGCCAGGCCCCCUUUCCCAGAGCGGGGCUCCGCCGGCCUGCAGGGCUGCGAGGCACUGAGCGCCGCCCUGGCCUCUCCCAACCGCAUGGACGGAGCAAGUGCCAAAGAGGUUUCUCCAAGUGACGGGCAGGAGCUGGGGCCUGAAGAUGAGAAGUCCGAGGAGUCCCAGGAAAGGCCGGAGAGUCCCAAAGAGUUUCUUGAUUUGGACAACCACAAUGCAGCCGCUAAGAGGCAGAGCUCCAUGGCAGCGGGGGAGUUCCUCUACGGAGCGCCCCCGCCACACCUGGGUGCGGGGAUGGGAUUCGGCCCGUCGGCUUUCCCUCCCCACGGGGUGAUGCUACAGACUGGCUCUCCUUAUGGAUCCCGGCAUCCUGCCAGCCACUUCCAGCCCAGGACGUAUGGAUCGCCCAUGAAUGCUCACCUGUCUCAUCAUGCAGCCUCCAGCCAGGCCAAUGGCCUCUCUCAGGAGGGCCCCCUGUACCGCUGCCGAGAGGAGAACGUGGGUCACUUUCAGGCCUUGCUGAUGGAUCAGAGAGGCAGUGGAGGUGGCAUGGGGGGGCCACCCCAGGACUUGUAUAGACCCUCGGGAAUGCAAAUGCAUCAGGCUCAAGUUCCUUUCCCGAAGAUGCCUACAGCAACCAUGUCCCGGGAAGAUUUGACAUCACAAAAACCAUCAGCCUUGCCUCUGGAUCAAAGCUAGUCCAAGAAAGGACAGACUUCAUCAAGACGAAAGCCACACACGAUUUGGAGCACGGAGAGGAGGGGCAGGCCUUGCUCCCACCCUCCCCUUGCCCGAGGAGCAUGGAGCUUCCCGGGUCUGUGGAGCGCGGCGCCGUGCCGGAUUUUGCGCUGGAAACCCGCAGAGGUGCUGGGCCCCAGCCAGCCGAGCAGCUGGCUCACCACACAGGGCACCCCAAACUAGUGGCUUUCUGUGACCGGAGACUGCGUCUCAUUCAGGGUUUGAGGGAUUUUUCGGGUGGGGAGGGCGGGGGUGGGGGUGGAAACUUUCAUUGACUGCUAAACUCAGGUAUAUUUUUCAGGGUGGAAGAGGACGAUGAUGGAAUUUUACUUGUAGUAUUAACGUGUGUGUUUUGGAGCUGGAUCCAGUUUACAGAAUUUAACCUGUUGCCUUUCUAAAUAAAUUUCUGUUGUUGGUGAAUGUAUUGUACAUAAUGGGGGAGGGGGUGGGCCCAGCUUGUAGUGGGCUUAGCACUGGAGGAAUCGUUAACUGUUUACAAUCAUAUCACACUGAAAUCUUUCAGGAUAGGGUGAGGGUUUGGGGGCAGUGGAGAGAGGUGAGGAAAUGUGUGAUGGAUGACUUGCUGUCCUCCUUCCUGUCCUCUGCAACCAAAACACGACCCCAUGGCUGGUUGACUUCAUAGCAGGAAUUGCUCAGGAGCAUCGCAUGUCCUCCUCAUGCUCUUGUCUUCUUCUUCCUUCCCCUCUCACCCCCACCUUCACCCCUCUGGAUCCAGGGCCUGAGUGCACUUCCAGCUCCUGUCAUCAUGGGGGAACAAGGAAACCAGGACCAGGAAUUGAAACCAGGGCAGGACACCCAUGGCAUUGUCCCUUCUGCUAGUAUAGUACCCUUCUCCCUGCCUUUCUGGUAGAAGAAAUGUGUGCUCUAGAAAACAGAAAAUGGCAUAACUGGUCAUCUUAAACUUAUUUUGGUGAAACCAGUGCAGCUGCAGGUGGAGCAGCACCCAUCCAGUAGAACAAAUUUUGUGCAAAUCUGUACUGCCCUGCUGCCCAAGAGUCCCCACCUCUUUCUCUGACCCUAGGCUAAAUUCACUUCUUAGCAGCAGUGAAGCAGAAAGUGCCACAGGCUUUCUGAGCACUCUUGCUGUGGAGGAAGAGCAAGAGGCUGCCCUGGAGGAAUGGUAGGGUUACUGCAGUGUGAGCCAUUUGUUGGAUUUGGCAUUUGCAAGUUGCAGGUGAAUUGGGAAGCACUCAAGCACUCAUUCAGAGUCAGAUGUUUAGGCUGAUUGGCUCAGAAGCUGAGGGACAAAAGGGCUGCAUGCUCCAGUUGAGUUGGUUUUACUUUGUUGUCAGGCAGCAGGUCCUACAGGGCCAGUGGCAGUACUGCACUGGGAAAACCCCUCUGUGCCAGUGCUUGGACAGCCACUGCUUGUUCUAGUGAGUUCUGUAGGAAUUUUAUCUGCAUUUAUUCACAUCUUAAAGCUAACAAGCAGUUGAUUAUUCUUGGGGAAGAUGGAGUAAAAUAGGGGAGUUGUUGAGUUAUGAGACUGGGCAGCAAGAGCUGCUGGUUGCACUGGGAGAGGACAGUGCAGGUUAAAAAGAGGAUCUGCCAAGGAGUGGGGCAGAGUAUGACAGCAGCAGGAGCACAGAGCAGCAUGCCCUUUAGUCUGUGUGAUACCAGCUAGAGGAGGAGUACUGUCUCCAGUUUCUGGAGAAUUUUUCUGUCUGCUUUCUUAUUUUGGAUGGUGCCAUCACCCAUAUCUUUAGCUGGAUUGCACCAGGAUGCAUGACUGUACUGCCUUUGUCCUGCUGUGUAGAUCUGCCACAAGCUGGCAGAGCUGUUCAAGGAGAUGGCAGGUAGCAUCUGACUGAGCCAUUGCUCCUUCUGUCCUAAGCUUUUGGAAGAACAAAAAGCCAAGAACAAUAUAUGAGAAAUAUUCUUUCCUGAAAUAGUUGGGAAA